AUGUCGCGUGCAUUAUCAAGUUCUUCUUCACCUCGAUGCUUAGAUUUGCGGUCGCCCAAGUAUUCGUUGGCAGCACCCAUUUGUCGUGCAAGCCGCUUUCGGAUAUCUGCCUCCCGGAAAAUUCAAGUUGCGUCUACGGUGGACAGACGGUGUUUUGCAUCUGCGCCGCCUGAGUCUUUCUCUGUCGUAAAUGUCGACCUUGGCGAUCGCUCAUAUCCAAUUUACAUUGGCUCGGGGCUCCUUGACAACAGCGAUCUCAUCCGCAAGCAUGUACCUGGCCGUACCGCUCUUGUGGUGACAAAUGAAACGAUCGCGCCUCUCUACCUUGAACGUACCGUCGCGGCGCUUGAAUCAAGCGGAGAGCUCCGCGUCGAAGUCGUCAUACUACCUGAUGGCGAACAACAUAAAAACAUUGAUGUUCUUAUGAGAAUAUUUGACAAAGCUUUGGAAGCUCAACUCGACCGUCAAACCACCUUCGUCGCCCUUGGUGGAGGCGUCAUCGGCGACAUGACUGGUUUUGCAGCUGCUUCAUAUCAAAGAGGCGUGCAUUUCGUGCAAAUUCCGACCACGGUCAUGUCAAUGGUUGACUCUUCAGUCGGCGGGAAGACGGGCGUGAAUCACCCAGCCGGUAAAAACAUGAUCGGUGCAUUCUAUCAGCCUCGUUGCGUGCUCGUUGAUAUUGACACAUUGGAAACCUUGCCCGAUCGCGAGUUCUCCUCAGGUCUUGCUGAAGUGGUCAAGUAUGGCCUCAUUCGCGAUGACGAAUUUUUCGAAUGGCAGGAAGCCAAUGUUGAAAAACUUAUGGCCAGGGAGGCAGCAACACUCAUACAUGCUAUUGAAAAAUCAUGCAUUAAUAAAGCAGAGGUCGUCGCACUUGAUGAAAGAGAAGGAGGCGUUCGUGCAACUUUGAAUCUUGGUCACACAUUCGGGCAUGCAAUUGAAACAGGAGUAGGAUACGGAGAAUGGCUGCACGGCGAGGCCGUUUCCGUAGGAAUUAUUAUGGCCGCGUUCAUGUCUGAACGUCUGGGCUGGAUUGAUCAAAGCAUCUUUAAUCGAACCAAAACGUUGCUAGAAAAGUGUAGGCUACCUGUCCAGGUACCGUCACUUAUGACUAAGCAACUCUUCAUGAAUCUUAUGGCAAUCGACAAAAAGUCAGAUAAUGGACAGGUUCGUCUCAUUCUCUUGAGAGGAGAACUCGGUGGGUGCGUGUUCACUGGAGAAUUCGACAGAUUAAAGCUCGAAGAGACUUUAGAUAAUUACGUAACAUCAGGGUGAGAACUUCAUCAGUAUGUUUUCACGAGUACGCACAAUUCUUAUAUUCCCUAGCUGAACACGUAUUAUUACCUGGAUAGUAUCACGUGCGCGUGCCCAUGCGUGCAGCUGAUACAUAACCAUGCAUUUGUAAUAGAACAUAAUCGAUGGUCCUGUCCAAUUUGGCAAAUCUUGACGCGAGGUUCACCAAGAUCGCAGCAAGUCAAAAAGCAUAUUUCCUUGGGGGAGGGAUUCUGCGCAUAAAUGGCUUAUGUCCACCCGACUGGGUUUGAUUUGACUCCUCGCGAUUACGGGGGUAUGAUUCGUUGUCAGGCACAUCCAAGUAUGACCCGGUACUGCGCGGGUUUAUGCAACGUGCCUUUACAGACCUAUUUACCAAAAAAAGCAUGGCGUCGCCAUGGGGACUCGGCCGCUCGACUUCCGUAUGCUCUGUUGAAUUUGUUGAGAGAAGCCCGAGGCAACCUUUAGUUGCUCCUGUAUGAAAUUCAUUUUUAAAUUGACGUUUGGCAACAUAAAAUGGCGCUUCGGCUUUGGCCUCCAUUUUUUGAGUUUCUUGGGCACCGCAUGCAAAGACAUGACAUGUACAAUAAGAUGUGAGCUUGGCGACAAACCGAUGUAGAACCGAAGAGAUCGAAUACAUAGAAAUCAUGACUGCAAUCAUGAAGAUAGCGACCUCUGUAAUUGCAUAAGAUGAUCGACACGGAGCCGAAAGUAAAGAUAUGGAUUCAACACAUUUGAUGAUAUUUGGUAAAGACGCAGUGAAGAUCCACUUUCUGUGAAAAUGCAUAUGAGUUG